AUGUCUGCGACGCCGGUCUCUGUAGCAGGAUCUAAAAUCAUCCCUGUUAUCUCGAGACAAAUUCGGAGACGACGGGGUCCGGACAUCUUGAACAUCUCCAAUAUUAUCCUCUAUCUAUUCCAAUCCAGUCAUGAUGGUUUACCUCUCGCUAAAGUCUCACUCCUUCUGGAAGUCUUAGGUGACUCACUGCUAGAAUGGAUUCGUAUUGAGCGGAUGAGCUUGCUCCCUAGCGAAGUAAAAAGAUUGAGUGCGUUGGAGACGUUUGUCGACCCAUUUACAGCCGAUAUCUACCUUGCCACUGGUCUCGUUUAUGGCUACUGCGCCAUGUUUCUUGAUGUCUGUAUUUUGCCGAACUUAGCUCUGGUGUUUUACCUGUAUCGCUCUUAUUGA